GGUGGAAGCUCUCCAAGAUCAGCGCACAUCUCGUCUGACACACAUUCGCCUGAGCGCUUACACUCACACACUCACCGAUUGUGAGUUUGAGGAAUUCAUCUGCUGUGGUGGAGAGUGACAGCAGCAGUCAGACAGGCGGAUGGUGGCUGGUCAUGGUGGAUCUCAAGGAGUGAGUGUGUGAGACGUUUAAGAGGAGUGUAUAUGCCACAGGAGUGUGUGAGGAUGGCACGGAGUGUGUGGACCGUCUCAAUCCUGCUCUGCAUGGCACUGUGGAUCAAUGUGGCAUCCCAAUCAACAAAGAGCAUGUAUCCAAGACUACGGCUGUCUCACAAAGAGUUAUGGGAGCUGAACAGGAUGUGGGUAUUCCAGGGCGGAUUGGGGCGACUACAGCACUACAGCAUGUUACUAGAUGAGACUCGGGAAAGACUGGUCAUCGGAGGAAAAGACAUACUGUACUCCCUCAACCUGGAGCGCAUCUCUGCCCCUCACAAAGAGAUUCACUGGGCCAGUUCUGAGGAGCAGGUGGGGGACUGUUUAAUGCAAGGCAGAGAGAAGCCGGAGUGUGCUAACUACAUUAAGUUGGUGCAGCAGUAUAACAUCACACACCUGUUAGCAUGUGGGACUGGAGCCUUUCACCCUGUGUGUGCCUUUAUCCAAGUUGGACAUGGAACAGAGGAAAGGGUGUUCAGGCUGGAGUCGGAUCACAUAGACAGUGGAAGAGGAAGAUGCCCGUUUCAUCCCAACAGCCCUUCAGCAUCCACUGUGUUCCGAGGGGAGCUGUUUGUUGGCUUGUACACUGAUUACUGGGAGAAUGAUGCAGCUCUGUAUCGUCUUGGCAACCACAGCUUCAUCAGGACUGAAGUGGGUGACAGACAGCAGCUCAAUGAGCCCAAGUUUGUGGGUUCGGCAGUGAUCCCUGACAAUGCAGAUCCUGCUGAUGACAAGGUCUACUUCUUCUUCACUGAGCGAGCAGUCAACAUGGAAGGAGGAAACAAAGCUGUGUACACCAGAGUGGGCAGAGUUUGCGUGAAUGACCAGGGUGGUCAGAGGAUGCUGGUAAACAGGUGGAGCUCUUUCUUAAAGACUCGUCUAAUCUGCUCAGUGGCUGGACCAAACGGCAUUGACACACACUUUGAUGAGCUUGAGGAUGUAUUUGUACUGCGUAAGAAAGAUGAGACAAAUCCAGAGAUCUUUGGUCUGUUCAGCACAACCAGUGCUGUGUUUAAAGGAUACGCUGUGUGCAUGUAUAACAUGGAAAACAUCCGUGCAGCAUUUAAUGGGCCCUUCGCACAUCGGGAACGAACCGACCACCACUGGAGCGUGUACGAAGGAAGAGUCCCCUUCCCGCGACCUGGAUCUUGUGCCAGUAAGAUAAAUGGAGGCCAGUUCUCCAGCUCUAAGGAGUAUCCAGACGAGGCGCUUCGGUUUGCACGCUCUCAUCCCCUCAUGUUCCAGGCGGUGCAGCCUGUUCACAGACGGCCCAUUCUGCUAGACACUGAAGGAGGGCGUCGACUCACACAGCUGGCGGUGGAUAGGGUGGAAGCCGAGGAUGGACACUACAAUGUUCUCUUCAUAGGGACUGAUAAUUCCAUUGUUUUAAAAGUGAUCACAAUCUACAACAACGAAGCCGACACAGUUGAAGAGGUUCUUCUUGAGGAAUUGCAGGUUUUCAAGGUCCCUGUUCCUAUUACAGAGAUCAUCAUCUCUACCAAAAGACAACAGCUGUAUGUGGGCUCUGAGCUGGGUGUAACACAGAUCCGUGUGCACCAGUGUGGGCUGUAUGGUUCAGCCUGCGCCGACUGCUGCCUCGCCAGAGACCCCUACUGCGCCUGGGAUGGAUUCACAUGUUCCCGGUACUACCCUGCAGGACUCUAUACCAAAAGACGUUUCAGACGGCAAGACGUCCGCCAUGGCAAUGCGGUUCAGCAGUGCAACGGGCUUCAGCUCAGUGAGGAUCAAAGCAUCUCAGAAAAGCUGGUAUACGGUGUGGAGAACAACAGUACUCUACUAGAAUGCAGACCAAGAUCACUACAGGCAUCUGUUACAUGGUACAUUCAACGUGGCGUGGACAUUGAGGAGGUGAAAGGUGAUGAACGCUUGAUUCGGACUCCUCACGGCCUGUUACUCCUUCAAAUCGCCAAGGGAGAUGCAGGAGUCUAUGUGUGCCAGUCCACUGAGCACGGCUUUGUACAGACCGUGGUACAAGUCACUUUGGUGGUCCUGGAUGAGAAUAAAGUGGAGCAUCUCUUCCAUAAAGGCGAGGAGGAGGAAGGCGAUUCCCAGCACAGAUCUCCACCCUGUCCCUUCCCCAGCCUGCCCUCCGCCCCCUCCUCCUCGAAGCUCUGGUACAAGGAUUUCAUGCAGCUGAUUGGCUACAGCAACUUUCAGCGGGUGGAGCAGUACUGCGAGAAGGUGUGGUGUGUGUCGGACAGGAAGAGAAAGAAACUCAAGGGAAUGGCACCCAAAUGGCGGUACACGGAGCAGCGGGGGAGAGCACGAGUGCCCCGACACCCACUGGGACAUUAAAGAUUGUUAGAAGAGAAAAGGAACACUUGAAACUCUUGAUACAUAAAUGUCUAUUGAUAUUAAAAACACAAACAAAUUACUUUUAGAGGAAUGUGCCGGGUUAAAUACAAGUUUAGCUCAAUUGACAGCAUUUGUGGCAUAAAGUUCCACAAAAAAAUAAAUAACAAAUAAAUAUAUAUAUAUAUAUAUAUAUAUAUAUAUAUAUAUAUAUAUAUAUAUAUAUAUAUACUGAUCAACCACAACAUUUAAACCACUGACAGGUGACGUGAAUAACAUUUAUUAUCUCGUUACAAUGGCACCUGUCAAGGGAUGGGAUAUAUUAGGCAGCAAGUGAACAGUCAGCUCUUGAAUUUCUGUUGGAAGCAGGAAAAAUGGGCAAGCGUAAGGAUCUGAGCGACUUUGACAAGGGCCAAAUUGUGAUGGCUAGAUGACUGGGUCAGAGCAUCUCCAAAACGGCAGGUCUUGUGGGUGUUCCCAGUAUGCAGUGGUUAGUACCUACAAAAAGUGGUCCAAGGAAGGAUAACUGGUGAACCAGCGACAGGGUCAUGGGCGCCCAAGGCUCACUGAAGCGCAUGGGGUGCGAAGGAGAGCCCGUCUGGUCCGAUCCCACAGAAGAGCUACUAUAGCACAGACUGCUAAAAAACUUAAUGCUGACCAUGAUAGAAAGGUGUCAGAACACACAGUGCAUCGCAGCUUGGUGUGUAUGGGGCUGCAGAGCUGCACACAGUGUUUUUUUUUAUGUUUAUAAACUGGCCCCAUUCACUUCCAUUGUAAGUGUCUCACUGUAAGCGCUAUUUGUGCUUUAUUUUGUAAUAAACAAUGGAAAAAGUCGAAAUAUUGUUUUGUGGUACUCAACAUUAUGCCACAAAUGCUGUUAAUUGAGCUUAACUUGUAUUGAACUCGGAACAUUACUUUAAAGUCCUUAUAAUGUCUUACCAUUGGGUCAUUCCCACCGAAACCAUUAAGGACAGAAACAUCUCUACGCAAGUAUGUGAACGCAAACACUUCUAGCGACGCAAGCUUUAUUUGCGCUACAAAAUGAGUCGGAAUGCAAUUCAAAACACAAUUAUGUGUUGCAUUCUCAGUGUUGCCACAAGGGGCACUAUAGUGUACAUUAGCUUGAACUGUCCGCUUCUACGCUGUUUAAUUUACUGUCAGCUACUGUAAUGGCGGAGCAAUGGUUUGAACAGAAUCAUAAGGCUAGGGUAGACUUUGUUUUUCCACAUGCCGUUGCGUCUCACAUGAUCGAGCUUUUCAAAGUAUUAAAGUUUUGACUGUGAGCCCAUACACGGACGCUACAGACUGUAAAUAAGUGGUUGCACAUUCUCUGUUGCUAAACCUUAUGAAAGCCCCAAAUGUGUCAGUGAUGGAAGUAGUUUAAAAUCAGUUUACACAGCCUGACAAUUUAAACGGCAUUGAUGAGAAGAAAACCUUGCGCCAUGCACACACAUUAAUUGGAGGGCUUUUUCAUCAGCACAUCACCACCCUUACAAAAAGUUUCUAAAUGCAUUUAUAAUGAUUUUCAUAGCAUAAAUGUCAUAGUUUGAUUUAUAGAAACCAUAGUCACAUCUAAUGUAAAAAUGUAAAGUAACUAGCUUUGUCUGCCUCCAGGAAAUUCCAGAAUAUUUUAGUUUAGCCCUAUAAAUUUGGUGUUUUUGCAGAGGACUUUUGUCAAAUUUUACUGUCGUUAAUAUUGGUGAAUUUACUGCAUCCCAAACCAAUGUUUCAUUGUCAAAUGUGCAUUUCAGUGGGAUAAUUAUGUAUAGCUGCACAAAUUUUUGCUCUACAAUAAUAAUACCGAUAUUUUUACUAGUAGUACAGCAGUGCUACUAAAUCAGGUGCUGGUGCCACCUUCUAUAAAAUAAAUGUUAGUCUGGAGCCCUGCGACUGCUUUGUGACACUCUUUAGUUUACUAAGUUUACAUCUGCCACAGUAAUGCAACAAAGUAUGUUACGUACAGUGCAAUGCGUACUUGUGUAAAGUAUCUUUCUGGCCUAAGACUGCAGCGAAUGUGCUGGAGAAAGAGGUCAAAAAUGUGUCGCAGUGAUUUGAAUAUAUGUACAGUGGGUCUUUCGUGACCUUUCAGUGACAAUGCCAAUAUUAAAGUUGCUUGUAAAGGAUGUGCAGUGCUGUCUGCCUGACUGGGCUGUUAAAAGACAAAGGACUGAAUGGAAACCGUCUCAGGAUCAUGCAAAUGAAAUUUCCUCUUGGACUGCUAUGAACAAUGACACAUGGUGGAGACCAGCUGUCCUCUCUCGUCAGUGGGAGACGUGAGAAGCAACCUUGCGCACAUGCCGAUUAUAUUUAUCUCUAUUUUCAUUAUUUUAACUAAUUUAUUCUAGACAGUGUUUUAGGAUGUUUUGAAGAAUUUGUAGUGGUUUUAGAUGUUCUCUUAGGCUGCAUCCACACUAAUCCAUUUUCGUUUAAAAACCCUAUUUUCCACUUUCCAGAGUGUGCAUUAAUGGAGGGCAUUUUCGAAAUGCUUCGUUUUCGGUGGAGGAGCGGCGCAAAUGUAGAAAAAUGAAUGGUUUUUCAAACAACAAUGUAAUAGUGUGGACGCAGCCUUUGUUUCAACUGGACACAUAUUACUGCAUUUUAAUUGUGUGUGUGUGUGUGUGUGUAUAGAUUUUACGAUUAUUGAUCGUAAUGUAUCAUUUCUAGUGAUUAAACCAGCAUUAUGCAACAUUGCGACAUUAUUCAAGCUACUAAAUUAGAGUCAAAUCAUGAUGUAUCAUUUCAGUGAGGUCAAAGUUUGGCUGUGUAUCAUGAUGUUGAGAAUAUGUUUAAUGUUUACGUUGUUACAUGUCAUAAUAAACCUAAAUCCUAGUCCAUAUCUCAUGUAUUAUGUGCUAGUAUAAAAUACAAUACAGGCCCAAAGCCUGAGACCACAUUUAAAAUCAUAUAUUCACAAUCUAGUUUUAACUA